ACAUUGUGAAGCAGGUCUCAGAUUUAUAGUCAUCCAGCUGCACCACAGGGGCAACAGCUGUCUCGCUUUAUAGCCAGUUUUUGUCCAUUUAAAAAAAACCUUUCCAAUUGACGCUUUACGCACAGUCAUGAUUUUGACGCACAGGUGAACUUAUUUCGCCUCAACGCGCCUCGACCACAACUCACUCCACAAGGAAAAGUGUUUGAGACUGGAAAGAAGCCCCACAUUUUAAACUCUCCUCCUCAUCUUCCUGUGUGAAUUGCUCGGAGCUGAACAGGUUGUCAGAGCCAUGUCCAGGAAGAAGGCAGUGAAAGGCAAAGGGAGCUCCAAGAGCCCCAAGGCGUCGCCGAGCAGCGGGAGGACGGGGAAGGGUCUGGCCGCCGCUGCCGCUCCGUCCUCUGGACUGGUUUAUCCCAGCAGACCGUCCAUCAGCAACAGCGGAGAGUUUUAUGACAUCGCCUUCAAGGUGAUGCUGGUCGGGGAUUCAGGUGUUGGGAAGACCUGUCUGCUGGUCCGCUUCAAAGAUGGAGCCUUUCUAGCCGGGAGCUUCAUCUCCACUGUGGGCAUCGACUUCAGGAAUAAAGUUAUGACUAUUGAUGCUGUGAAGGUCAAACUGCAGAUUUGGGACACUGCUGGACAGGAGCGUUUCCGGAGCGUCACACAUGCUUACUACCGCGAUGCUAACGCUCUCCUUCUUCUGUAUGACGUCACCAACAAAGCAUCCUUCGACAACAUCCGGGCAUGGCUGACAGAGAUCCAUGAGUACGCCCAGCAGGACGUGGUCGUCAUGCUGCUGGGCAACAAGGUUGACUCCACACAUGACAGGAUGGUGAAGCGAGAGGAGGGAGAGAAACUGGCAAAGGAGUUUGGAGUACCCUUCAUGGAGACAAGUGCUAAAUCUGGACUGAAUGUGGAGCUGGCCUUCACUGCUGUGGCCAAAGAACUGAAGCACAGGACCAUGAAGGAGCAAGAUGAGCCAAAGUUUCAACUGCAGGAGUACGUCAACAAAGAAAUGAGGACCGCAGGCUGCUGCCGCUCAUAGACCCAAUCCUAUGUGUGUGUAUACACGUGUAUGUGUGUGUGCGAGAGAGAGAGAGCGAGAGAACAGGUACAUUCUGUUAGAGUAGUAAUUAAUCUGCUGUGCCUGGGAAUUAUCAUGAAAUUCUCAGUGUUUGUAACAUUUCUGUCAGUGGUGAUACGGCCAACAUGCUCUCUCUCCCAACCCACCUAUCUUCUGCAACUGUGAAUGUAAUAUAACUCCUAUCUACAUGCUUGCACAUACACAUGCAUGUACACACACACAGACACACACACAUACAGCUAUGUUUGUAACUAACUCUACAGCCCGUUCAAUCCAUUUUUUUUUCCAUAAAUGUGAUGUACAUAUUUUAAAUGUAAUUUUAAUUUUGUGCCCUUGAAGCUUUGUAGUUUGUAAAUGCCUGUGUUGUUGAAACAUAGACACAAAUAUGUUAAAUAUUUAAUCAAUGAGUAGAUCUGAAACACAUUUGUACAGAUACACUAUUGCACCUAAUGUAAGCUGCCAAAUGGCACUGUGUGCUGUUUAUGUACAGGAUAUCAUACAAUAACUGUUUUUAAUACUUGUGAUCAUGACUAUCAUUAUACUGAUGUGUCCGUGGCAUUUAGUUUAUCUUUUAUACACAGAUUGUUCAGUUUAAAGGUGUUAUAUGAUGCAUUUUAACACAAAGAAAUCUUCUGGUAAUAACUAGACCAUAUUCAAUGUAAAAAACAAUAUCAUCAGCAAAGAAACGGACUCUACUCUGCUUUUUACAGAUUUGGAAAAAAACAGUUAUAAUUCUUUAUUGCACAAAACAAGAGGAGGUUGUCAUUCCUCCAUAGAAGAAUCCUUUUUACUCAAGGAAAAGAAAAAUGUCAGAGACAGGGACAAACUUUGUUUUAUGAGACAAAGCAGCAGGGUUCUUGUAAUAUCUGGGGCCAUAUUUGCAAAGCUUCCUAGUACAAAGAGUUGCUCCUAGUGAUGAAAUUCUAAGAACAUUCUUAGAAUUGUGACAUUUUCUUAGAAUUCCCCUUACAGUUAAGACUGGGUCCUUGUAAAGGUAGAAGUUAUUCACAGAGCAUCUUAGACUUUAAAAGAGCUCCUAUGGUAAAAAGUUGUUAGGAGCAGAGAGGAGGACUUAAGAGUUUGCUAAGCCGAGGAGGAAAUGGUGGAAACUAAAAGAGGUCAAGGAAAUAGUCUCCAAAAGCUGAAAAACAGUGAGUAAAAUGAAAUGCUACAGAUUAGAUAAUGCAGGGAUAAUAUGUGUGGCUGAUCCCUUAGGGAUACACACACAUCUGCCACCUAACGCUAUAACACCAGAAAUUAAAUGAUCACAACACUAAGAUAUUUGGAAAACUGGAAAAAUGUAACAGUGCAGCAGUGAUUACUUGGGUCUGUCCCAACCUUCCACACUUUCACAGUCAGCAGUUAAUUUCAUUUCCACUGGGUGUCCACACCUUGCAGGCUCACAAAAGGGCGUGUCUGUGACAACCAAUCACAUCUGCAAAGAAUGCGUCAUACCUAGCAAUGGGGUCAGCCACACCUCCUCAUUAGCGUAAAAGUUUCUGUCCCCUCCGUGCUCAAAGUUCCUCUUAGAGCUUUCCUAAAUCACUCCUAAGCCUGGACACCUUAUUAAUUUUUUUUCUGGCAAAGUUAGGAGCUCUUUGAGAGGAUUCUCUUUACUGGGAUUUUAAAAAAGGUAAACAUUGAGUGUGAAGUUAGAAACAGAAGUUGGGGGUGGGGGGUGGGGGGGGAUGAUGGUCCACUUACAGUGCUAGCUUCUUUUGGAGCUUUCCAACACAUCUAACUUUCUUCACUCCAGUACAUAGAAUCAAUCUACUAAUGAAUACUGUAUCAACUCCAUCAGCUUUAACAAAAACUUAACAUAAACAUCAACAGAUCUACUACAUCAGAUUAAGACUAUAUGUGGUUGAAAGCUCUAGAUAAAGCUAUUAAGUCUUAUAUGUUAAGAUAUUUAUUUCAUGUCCAAGUUGAAUAUUACUGGGUAAAGAUAGAGGUUAUAUAGAGGGCAGAGGAUCUAUUAUUCUCUAUUUUUUGUACGUACACAGUAAAUUUUUAAGUAAAGAGAAUAUUGUAUAAAUGUUUAAACUGCUGCACCAGACAUCUUCAUUAUUCAAUGCAUACAAAUGCCCAAACAAGAUAAGAUAAACAUUACAACAUCAGAUAAGUGCCAGUCUUGUACUUUGCAGUUAAGGUCAUGAAAUAUAGAUCAGUUAUUCUCCUAGAAAACUGAAACCUAGAAGGUUUAACUUAACCUAUUUUGACUUGUUUUUCCAGCCUGAGGUUUUCUAGUACCUGUUGUUUCGUAGCACUGUAGUCAUUGUUGUUAGUUCUUUGUUCAACUAUGGCAUUUCAGUCAUUUUUAUUUUUUUCUGUAAGAUGUUUUCUCAAAGAUGGUUUCAUACUGCUGUCCGCAUAUGUUAAAAGAUACUGUAAAUUCUCUCAUGAAAUACUUUAAAUACAGAUUUAAUUUGCUUACAUCAAAUGGUUACCCAGAAUCUUGAUAUACAUUUUUUUCAAUAGAUUUUCAGUAUAAAUCAGAAGUCGUUAAUUUAUUGUGAACUUGUAAUCUGUAUGCUGUAUCUUAACUGAAAUGAUUUGUAUCGUAUCAAUCUCCAGUGUUCACAAUAAAG